ACCCAAAUGGAGGCUUGAAGUUAGGUUCUUCUCUGUUCUUCUGUGUGCUUAGCGCUGCCUCGGAACACCACCAAUCAUUUUUAACGGAUAGGAUAGAAAGAGAAGACUUCGAAAACUCUCACUCACUCUCAACACACAGAACCAAACAUCACUUUAAAAAAUGGCGACACUCUCCAUCUCCACACCAACCUCUCUCUCAUUCACUUCAUCCUCCAUCUUCUUCUCUUCACACGCCAAAUUCAAAUUCCCCAUUCUACCCCUCAAAACAACCACUAAUUCCCCAAAACCCCUUUCCCUCAAAUGCAAAAUCGCCACUAUCCCAGUCCUCAAUUUCACCGGCGAGAAAGUUGGUGAGUCUUUUCUCGACCUUAAAUCCGCUCCGGCGGACACCGCGCGUGCCGUAGUUCACCGUGCCGUUAUCACUGACCUCCAGAACAAACGGCGUGGCACGGCGUCUACGCUCACGCGCGGAGAAGUGCGGGGAGGCGGUAGAAAACCCUAUCCUCAGAAGAAGACGGGCCGGGCCCGUCGUGGGUCGAAUCGGACACCUCUCAGGCCCGGUGGAGGCGUAAUUUUUGGGCCCAAGCCCAGGGACUGGAGCAUAAAGAUCAACCGGAAGGAGAAGAGGCUGGCGAUAUCGACGGCGAUGGCGAGCGCCGCCGUGAACACUUUCGUGGUGGAGGAUUUCGCGGCGGAGUUUGAGGAGAAGCCGAAGACGAGUGAUUUCAUCGCCGCCAUGAAACGCUGGGGGCUUGACCCUAAGGAGAAGGCGAUGUUCUUGAUGAUGGAAGUUCCGAAGAACGUGAUGCUGUCGAGUAGGAACAUUGGGACGUUGAAGGUUUUGACGCCGAGGACGCUGAAUUUGUUUGAUAUUCUCAAUGCUGAUAAGCUCGUUCUUACACCUGGUGCAGUGGAUUAUUUGAACCAGAGGUAUGGGGUUGAUUACCAAGGAGAUGAUGAUGAUGAUGAAGAAGAGGAAGAAGAAGAAGGACCUGACACAGAGGAUGGCGAUGAGGUCAAUUAAGGGUUUGAAGUUUUCUUUGUGUCAUUUUAUAGAGGAAAUUGCUGAUGCAGGGGAUGGAAGGUUUGAAGUCUUAUUUGUACCAAUUUAUAUGUUUCUUUCUUUUCCAUCAUAUAGGAUCUUAAUCCUGGCAGCGUGAUUUGCCUUUGUCCCACUUACAAUCAUAUUAGUUUGCAGGCUCCUUUGUGUAAUUUAUUGAAUCAAUUUUGUUGCUUGUAGUUCUUUUUGUGCAAAUGCAUAUAAAUGGAUAAGUCAAUUUUUUUGAAUAAAUUUUGUUGCAUGUAGUACCUUUCUUAGGAAAUUAUUUUCUUUGAAGCUUGUGGAGGCUACUAUUAGAUUCACUCAUUCAUAGUGUAUUGAUAACUGGUACAUCUUUUCCUGGACUGACUCUUGCCUAUGCUUUCUUCAAAUUUUUGUUCUGCUGCUGCUGGUGCUUGUGUAUUGGUGAGAUGAGUUAGUUUCCUUGCUGAUAGGGUGUGAAAGUGGUGAGUUAUUUUCAGUAACAUCCUAAUAGGUGGUGGUGGGUGGUUGGAGUUAAUAUUUUAUUUCCAUUUCUGAUUUUCAUGAUUUUCUAUAUAUUUUUUGUCAAAAUUAUAAACAUUCUAAGAUUAGCAUGGCGUGUAUUUCAUUACUUCUGCAUUUUGUCAAUGUAGAUUUGUAGGUGAACUUUGAUCAAUGGCAUGAUUUUUAACUUUGAAGAUGGAAGGUCAAGAUUAGUUUAGCCAUUGAUUAGUUUUCUUUCUCUAAUGAUGUCUCUACGACCUUUAAAUCAAUUAUAUAAUGAAUGUGGCAAAGGAGGUCUGCCAUAUCAGCCUUGGAAUAGGUGAACAGAUUGAACUGCCAGGUACUUUGUGAUGUGGAGAUUCAAGAUGUAUAUUGGUAAACCUCGCAUUGAAUAUGCAGUCUCAUGCUGAUCCUUUAUGCUAUAGGGAGCUUUUGUCUACUUAUUCCCUGGUGGAAAAAGUUCCUUCUCCAUUUCAAUCAUAAAAUCUUUGUUCAUUAAUGAAAUAGAUUCCUUAACAGACACACCUAAUGUGCAGAAGUGUUUUAAAGUGUACAUUCGUGGAUAAGUUGAAUUUUCACAACUACUACGAGAAAAUCGUUUGUAUGCUACCAUUAGACUCUUGCACUAAAUUAAUAUUGAUGUACUUCUUAUCUAAAAUGGGAGGCUCGUGGUUGAAAGCGAAUCUUAUCGAUCGAUAUAUUAUAUUAGUAUACUUUGAUAGUGUUAAUAUUAUUCACAAUUUUAUCCAAUGUUAUC